AUGGAGCAGUGGAAGGUAGAGAAGAUAGUUGGCAAGCUCGUCGACGACGAGGCGAUAUCAUACAAGGUCAGAUGGGAAGGAUAUGAAGUUGAAGAUGACACUUGGGAGGAUCUAACGGCGCUAGAGCAGGCCCAGGAGUCAGUUAGUGCGGCGGCUGCGGCGCUAGACCAAAAGCGGAAGGAGUUUCAGCCCUGA